GCGCGCUCCCUCCCGGGCGAAGGGAGUCCGGGUCCUCCACCGCUAGAAGGCGCGCGAGCCAGCGAGGGAGGGACUGGGCGGACUCUCCCUUCCUGGGCUCCAGAGUUGCAGCCGGACCGAGCGCCUCCUCCGCCGCCAGAGCCGGGCGAGGGCCAGGCCGACGAGAAGGAGCCGAGCGAGGCAGAAGGGCGCCGGGGAGAGCUGGCAGCUGGUUAAAUGCAGUUAAUUGUAUCAGUAACAGAAGAAAACUAAACAUGAGAAUAGCAGUAGGAGCUGCAAAAUUGGUGGUAGCAGUUGCUGUGUUCUUGCUGACGUUUUAUGUCAUCUCUCAAGUAUUUGAAAUAAAAAUGGAUGCUAACCUAGGAAGCCUAUUUGCACGAUCACCGCUAGACCUACCUGCACGUUCUACAAAACCUCCAAGAUAUAAGUGCGGAACUUCAAAAGCCUGUCCAGAGAAUCACUUCGCUUUCAAAAUGGCAAGUGGAGCCGCCAACGUUGUCGGACCCAAAAUUUGUGUAGAAGAUAAUGUGUUGAUGAGUGGAGUUAAAAACAAUGUUGGAAGAGGCAUCAAUAUAGCUUUGGUGAAUGGCAAAACCGGUGAAACUGUGGACACAAAGUACUUUGAUAUGUGGGGCGGAGAUGUAGCCCCAUUUAUUGACUUCCUGAAGACAAUUCAAGAUGGGACUAUUGUAUUAAUGGCAACCUAUGAUGAUGGUGCCACUAAGCUUAAUGAAGAGUCACGGAAACUAGUAGCUGAGUUGGGCAGCUCCUCCAUCACAAACCUUGGCUUCAGAGACAAUUGGGUUUUCUGUGGUGGGAAAGGGAUCAAGACUAAAAGCCCAUUUGAACAGCAUAUUAGAAACAACAAGGACACAAACAAGUAUGAAGGAUGGCCAGAAGUUGUGGAGAUGGAGGGCUGCAUCCCACAGAAACUUGACUGAAGGAGUCUACAAAUGGACAUGUACAACGCCAAGAACAAUGGAGGGGAAAAUGCACUUUCUGCUGCUGCUCGGUAGACAGCUCUGAAGGGAGAAUACAUUGGGUGGGCAUGUCCAUCCAGGAUGGAUUCUUGCUCAGGGCCCAUAAAAAUGAAUGGGAUCUGUACAAGAGCACCAUGAUUGCACCAGUUUAUUUAAAUGGAGUGUGAGCAGGAACGUGUCCUGCUGGAUGAGCCCCCAUGUAAAUAUUUUUUUCAAGCAUGUUUCCACCUUAGAAUGUGCAUGAACAUUGACUUAACACAAAAUCUGGCUUAUUUAUUGCUAAAACAGAGAUCCACACCCUUUUUUGUAAAUAGAUUCCCCUGAAAAGAAAAAAGACUAUUUGUAAACAUCUUAUUCCUUUUUCUUUAUUCCCCACAUUUUCUUCUUUGUUUCUGAAGGACAGAGUUCAGGUAAUUUUACGAUAGAUGUCUUUUGUAGCUACCACCAUAGGCAAAUAAAUAUAUCCGACGAAUAGCUGAGUUGAUCCUGAGCUACUUUGUAUUCUGCUCAAACAAUGACAAUAUUGCUGUGAGUCCAUAUCUUUAGAGAGAUUUGUAAAUUUUAACACCCCAGAAUAGAUAAUGAAUUGUUUUUACACUGUCACUUUGAAAGCAGCAUUCUGUGACCCCCUUCAGACUCUGAACUAGGUAAAGGUUGCGUGUUUGAUACAAAAAUGUAGGCCUAUUAUAAAAAAGCACAAAUUAAAUCCUUUUCCUUAAAAACAAAUGUAUAACAUUGUGUUUGUUGCUAUAGCUAGAUUCUCUGUACUCUCUACUUCUCACUAGCCAUGCAGACUGUUAAUAGAGUAGGAUAAUGUGAUUGCUUCUUGUGUGUUUAUAUGUUCAACUUAGAUGUCUUUCAAGUUCUGUAACUCACCACCCACAUAAGAUGGUUUAGUAGUAUUGGAGUCAGGGAAAGGGUCUAUUUUGACCAUUAGUGUGCUUUCCUGGAAGUCAUCACUUAUUUAGAAGUUGGCUGCGUACUAAUAGAAAACAAUUUGGCAUGUGCCACUCAAUUUGAGCAGGUUUGAAUUUAGUGGGUUAGAGAGGAAGUUCUCAGAAGCUCCAGAUUAUUUCUAAGAGUAGAAAUAUUGCUAAUGAAGUAGUCUACUUUAUAGAUUCUUUUAAGCAGCCCAAGGUAAAAUACAUUUCCAUUGGUGUCUAGUGUUUCCAUGUAAUGCACCCCAUCUCUUCAAAUUCGCCCUACAUGCAUUUCAUCUCACAUCGGUCCCACAGUCAUGUACAAUACAGAACCAUGGGUUGCUUUCCAUUGGUAUCAAUGCUAUGGAAAAUCAGUGAGUCCCAUUUUGUGGUCAGUAGGGCUGAUGUAAGAUUUUGGGAAGAGUGGGAUGUCUGGACUGUGUUGUCAGGUUUCCCUAGAAGCAGGUCUAUAUUGUGCAAUGGUGAGCCAUCUGCCCUUUUAAUUACCAGCAGGACCCAUAGCAAGAUUACAUCAGGGCCACCAUGGGUAAUGAAAACUAGUUGCUUUGCAGACCUAGCUACCUACUUUGGGCGACCUAGGUUUGGAGUCAGCAGUCAGUCCUAACAGAAUUCAGUAAGACUCAGUAGCAGGAAUGAUAAAACCUGUAGUACUCCACAUCUUUCGCCGUAGGUCCCAUUAUCCCUAAAUCCUAGCCAAACUUAACUGUAGUAGUGAAAAUUGAAAUCUAAUUAACAGUGAGUGUCUUCUGCACCUUCAGUACCAAUGGUCUUUAUUCACAAUUCUGUAUUGCCUACAAAUGUGACUCUCUUUCUCUCCAUUUCUGGAAGCAAACUGACUAGCGCCACCCACAAAUACAACUUUGUGAGAUUAAUGGUGCAUAAUAAGUAUUUAAGUUUGACUCAGGCUCUUUGAGCUAUGAUUAGUAGGGGUUCUUCCCCUUCUUGUAAGAAGGAAAUAUUAAUUUCCAGUGAUAUAGGUCAGCUAUAAUCUUCAGAAAUACCUCCGCCCUUCAACUUUCAUGACAGCAUUCCUCCAUGAUAUCGUCCUGAGUCUUAUUUUUCAGAGGCAAUGGGGAAUAUGGGAGUAGGAAGGAAAGGACGGAUGGGAUGGAAGGCUGCUCCAGUCAUGCCACACUAACUGAUUUACGUCAUUUAGUUUUAUCUCUUUUGGUUAUUUUUCUCUCUUUUUUCUGUUUUUGAAAACAACUUUGAGGAAAAUAAGUUGUUAAAACUUUGUAUAGUAAAACUGGAGGAUGUCGACUGUCAGUGUGUAGAGCAGUGGUUCUCAACGUGUGGGUCCCCAGAUGUUUUGGCCUUCAACUCCCUAAUAGCUGGUAAACUGGCUGGGAUUUCUGAGAGUUGUAGGCCAAAACACCUGGGGGCCCACAGGUUGAGAAACACUGGGAACCUCUAUCUUUGAUGAGAAGUUUUGGAGGCCUAUACACAUGGAGGUGCUGUUAAAGAAAACUUAACAAGGAGUGAAAGUGUUUUCUAUAUAUUGCUGCAGGGGAUCAAGCCAAGAAUUCUUUUUUGAUCUGCACUCUGUUGAAUUAUAGGGAUGCCCAAUUUUUUUGAAAAAAGGACAAUUUAAAACCAAGCGUUUGGCUUCGCUGCAAAGACUGUUGGAUUGAAGAAAUGCUGUUUGCACUAAAGCUAUAAAGCAAUACCAGGAACAAUGACUUAAAUAGUUCAGAAGAACCAUCCAACUUUCACAUACCAAGAACUGAUGACCGGAAUCAAAGUUCUUUUACUGUGUUAACCUUUUAGUGUCAUUUUUUUUCUUCCCAUGAUACUGUAGCAUAGCAAUAAAUACACCUUUAACGAUUAAACCAAUUAUCUGUAAAAUA